CCUAUCAAAAUGUUCGGAUGAAGAGACGGAAAAGCUGAUAACGAAUCAACAUUCAAUCCCCUGGAGCCGGCAAGCAGCAUCCACUAUAUCCGCGUGUGUCUUAUCGCGAGUCGGUAUGACGAAAACGAGUCAAGUCUACAAAGAAAAGAAAAAAAUGCAUUGGAGUUGGGUUGAGCCAUACUUGGCGAUGCUGGUGCUCAGCCUAAACUGCCAACUGAACCUGGCCUCGCUAACAGUGUCUCGGGAAGAAAUACGCGCCGGCGACUCGUUCAAUGUCACCUGCAGCUGGGAUGACGAAUCGGUGAGCCCUGAGCAUAUUAAAAUCAAGGUGGCCCCCAGAGGCAAUCGAGCCAGCAACAGAAUGGAGACUAACACAACGGUCGUGGAAAGGGUGGAUAAUGCAACAGUUGGCAAAUGGCACUACGAGUGCAUGUGGGAUGGGAAGACCCUCGAGUCGCUGGAUGUUCGGGUGGGGGCACGACUGCAGGUUGAGGACUUUGAGUGCCGCAUGGAUUUAUACGAUUCCACAAUGAUGACAAGCUGCAGCUUCAGCAUGCCGAAUGGCUACCAGCUUGAAGAGGAUUUCUUGUAUCUGAGGGAAAAUGAACUGCCGCCAGUCCAGUGCACGGAUUACCCGCACAACGCCACCCAGGUACUGUGCAGGAUUGACCCGGGCCUGACCCCAAAGACAAAAUUUGAAACGAGCCACAGCUACACUUUGAACAUGAGAGAUUCAGUCGGCAACCAAACGCAGCAUUUCAAUCGGACGCAAGCCCAGGUGCUGGUCCUGGAUUGGCCCAAUAAAAAGCAGCCUCUGACCCCGUUUGACAAUCAGAGUUGCUUGAUCUGGCAGAAUUCCGUCUGGUCUGAACACUACCACCAAAGCGGGUCGAUUGACUGGCAUGUGCGGGUGAUUCCCCUGAACGAUGAGAUCACCGAGAUCGAAAAUCCCUCUUACGAAGUGCGCUACUCUGGCACACGGUGUGAAAUGUUUUGCCUGAAAACGCCGCCCUAUCCGAACCAGCAGUUUGAGCUGCACCUGCGACGCCGCUUUAACCAGCCAGAGGCGCCUUGGAGUGAAACAAUUACGCGCCAGUUCUGGGUACCAAAGUCAAAACCCAGCCGGCCGCCACGACUCCUGCCGAAUGGGUUCUUCUUCGAUCCCAGGUCGAAGGGGCUGUACAUCUUCUGGGAGCAGCUGAAGCCGCUGGAGCACAACGGACCCAAUCUAACGUACAGUCUGGCAACCACCGACGGAAAGCAUGUGAGUCAUGUCGGCCGGAACUUUGCCAUGUUCCCCCACUGGGACGGCUCUACCGACUCCACUAUAUCCGUAUGCAGUGAAAACUCCGAGGGACGGUCGUUGAACUGCAGCGAUCUAUAUGUGCCAGUCCUAGACAACGCAAAGGAGCGACAGCCGACAGCAUUGAAAUACGACAAGGCCACAAACACCCUGAGCUGGACGGCGCCGGAGAGGAGCUCUGGCCUUCUGCAUUACACCGUCUACUGGUGCUCCCCCGUCAACGAUACACAAAAGAUUUGCGACGACUCCCAAGACAUUAAACUGCUGGAGCUGGACGGUGCUUCCCGGCAAGAGCACCACUUCAAUGGAUCGAUGGAGUUGAUUAAUUUAGGCGUAGCGGCCACAUACGGGGACAAAUUCAGCGGCGGUAUGAGAUGGUUAAGGGUGGGACUGCCCACAGAGGUUGAAGUGGCCAAGAGCCGGUACCUGGAGGGCAUUGUCGCCCUGAUCGUGCUCUGCCUAAUCUUCAUCUCAUACCGAAAGCUUCAUAGAUGUUCGGGUAUUGAAAUUGACAUACCAAAUGGCGUAUACGAGGGACAGCGCGGUAUAACGGGUGUGAAACAUGAUGAGAAAGAUGUCACCAAAGUCCCAACCCAAGGCCACCGUGAAAACCAUAAAAUCCCAAAAGAGACGAAUUCUGGGAUUGAACUUGUAGUCAUAGAAGAUCCCAAAGAAUGCAUCAAACCUAUUCCUGUUACUGUUAAACCUUCGAAUGAACUUACAGGCUUUACAAUGCCUGAUACCUUAAAAAAUGGGACAAACCCGAUCUCAGAUCUGAAAGCUCUGUGUCCUACCGAAUCUGGAAUUGAAAAUACAUUAAAAACGCCUGGUAGAAUGGUAAAAGAUAGUGCGGUAGAGAAUUAUAACAUAGAUGACACCAAAGACGCAACCCAAGACCCUCCUGUGAACGCUAAGAUCCCAACGGAGCCAAGUUCUGGGAUUGAACUUGCGGUCAUAGAAGAUCCGAAGGAAUACAGCAGGCCGAUUCCUGUUACUGUUAAACCUUGGAAUGCACUUAUAGGCAGAAUGGCUGAUAUGGUGAGAGAUGGGAAAAACCCGAACCCAGAUCUGGAAAUUAUGCUUCCCAUCGAGUCUAGAAAUGAAAACACAUUAAUAAAGACGAUACCCGGCAGAAUGGGUACGACACAAAAUGCCAAAUAUGGCAUCACUCCACCGACGGUACCGAAUCAGAUUGAGACUGUUUCAGACAUAAGGACUACUCCUGAAGGCUACAUGGAAAUGUUAGCAAGAGCAAGCAAGAGCGGGAGUGGGAGUGUGAGCGACAGCGAGAAGCCUUUGCCAAAAUCCAACCCUGGAUAUGUGCAAAUUGAGUUGAAUAAAAGUACCAACGGUAAUGGAUACGUAAUGCCUCCGCCUUUCAGAUAACCAUGGGCUCCCAUCACUACGUAAUACAUAGGAAGUAUAGGAAGAAUGAGAGUAGAGGAGUAUUGAAUGAGUCAUCAUAUAAAGCAUAUGCCUGAGCAUGAGCCCUGCAUCCGGUGUUUGAUUUUAAAUGUUAUCUCGUAUAUUAUUCAUAAAAAAAAAUGUUUCUCCUACAGACCAUAAGAAAAUUAAAAAUAACCAAAGAAUACAUACAUAAGC